GGUAUAAAAUUCCUGUCAUUGAAAAUCUCGGUGCUACCUUAGACCAAUUCGAUGCUAUUGACUUUUCUGACAAUGAGAUCCGGAAACUGGAUGGAUUUCCUUUGUUGAGAAGGCUGAAAACGUUAUUAGUGAACAACAACAGAAUAUGCCGUAUAGGUGAGGGGCUUGACCAGGCCCUGCCCUGCCUGACAGAGCUCAUUCUCACCAAUAACAGCCUUUUGGAACUGGGUGAUCUGGACCCCUUGGCGUCUCUCAAAUCCCUGACGUAUCUAAGUAUUCUGCGGAACCCUGUGACAAACAAGAAGCAUUACAGACUCUACGUGAUCUACAAAGUGCCACAAGUCAGAGUGCUGGAUUUCCAGAAAGUGAAGCUAAAAGAGCGUCAGGAAGCAGAGAAAAUGUUCAAGGGCAAACGGGGUGCACAGCUUGCAAAGGAUAUUGCCAGGAGAAGCAAAACUUUUAAUCCAGGUGCUGGCUUGCCGACUGACAAGAAGAAGGGCGGGCCUUCCCCGGGGGACGUGGAGGCCAUCAAGAACGCCAUAGCGAAUGCAUCGACUCUGGCCGAAGUGGAGAGGCUGAAGGGCUUGCUGCAGUCUGGUCAGAUACCCGGCAGAGAACGCAGAUCAGGGCCCACUGAUGACGGCGAAGAAGAGAUGGAAGAGGACACCGUCGCGAACGGGUCCUGAGCGGUGCGUCAGCCGGGUGAUGACAGCCCUCCUCGGGGCGAGUCUUGCGUUUCCAGCAUGGAGUAGCCACGUCUGUGUCGGCACAGCGCAGCCCAGCGGCAUGGUCGGAGUGCUUAUGGGUGCUGCGGGUCACCUUGUAAUAUACCCUUGGAAGGCUACCUGUCCGUUUUCUACACAUUCGAAAAAUAAAGGCCACUCAGUGCGCCAG